AUGCAUCUUCCAUAUUAAGUUUUUAAUGCUAGAAAACUUUGUUGGGAUGUAGAUUUGGUUAUGACAUUGCCUUUUCUGGUUAACUGUACGAAUAGGAAAUUCAUGGUUUACUCAGGCAAGGUGUUUCUGCUGAUAAAAUUUUCACUCAACUAUCACCAUGGGCUUCUGCACUUUUCAAAUUUUUAUCGCAUUUUAUCAGAAAACAGCUUCUCUUGCACCCAGAAUCAGAUGACUCUGCUCAGCUAUCGCAGGUUGAUUUCUGUUAUUGCAUCGGAACUUGACAUAGAUCAAGUGAAGAAAAAUAUAGAUGUUCGUUAUAUUGUUGACGAAAAUAUGGCUUCAAUGGUUAUUAGAAACGACAAUGGUAUUAAGGUUUACGUUGAGUUAAAAAAAAUAUUUAUAGAUUUUGUAAUGUAUCCGUUAUGCAUUACGACAAGGGAUAAAUCGACUGAAGAUCGAGAAUUUGAUGUUGAAACUGGUACGAUUAUGUGUGUCGACGGAAUGGAAUCAGAUGCAUCUGCACUUGCCGUUGUUGAUUCUAAUAAUCAAUACGCUUUGUAUGUAUCAGAAAUUGAAACUAGUAAAUUCAUCACCGAUUGUCAUUUGGUUGAGAUUUUACGGUGUUUGAAUGAAUCAAUUUCAAUAUUAACAAUACCAAAGUAAUGAAAUUAUUGUUGGAGAAAGUAUUUCUUUUUUGAGAUUGAUUUCAAAAAACAAUCCCCUUCGAUGAAAAUUCCAGAAAAAUUCUCUCACAUCUGUUUUCUUUUCUAAUUUCUUUAUUUUGAAUAUGUUAUGAAUAUCUCCAUUUUGUUGAGAUUUACAGUGUUUGAAAUAAAUUUCAAUAUGAAAAAUAUAAAAGUAAUGAAAUUAUUGUUGGAGAAAGUGUUUCGUUUUUGAGUUGAUUUCGACAAUCGCAAUCAAAUUUGGUAUUGAUAAUCAAGAAAAAAAUCGACGCAAGAUACGUUGUCAAAGAAAAUUCAUCGUCAAUGAUGAUUCGGAAGAUAAUGAAGUAAAAGGUUUAUGUUGAGUUCAAGAAUAAUAUUUUCGAAUUUGUAAUGUAGCUCGAAUGAUGGUAUAUUGGUGUUGUAAUAUGAUAUAUUACUGCUUAUAUUUAAUGUAUCAAGUCACAAAAGAUGCAUCUAUGACUUCUUUUCGAAAGAGAAUUGAUAUUUAUAUUUCAAGAUACAUAGCAUGUUUCACGUAUUCUGAUUAAUUUGUUGCUUUGUUUUUAGUUGGUCUAACGUUGAAUAUUGUUUAAACAAUAUUGUAGUAUAUUUCAUUUGAGAUUUGGUACAUUUUGAUGUAUUAUAGAAUUUAAUUUUACGGUAUAUUUCCUGUACAUAAACAUGUAAUUUAUUUGGAUUAUCUUGUACAAGCUCAAGCAUUAACAUGCAUUUGAUUAUUUGUCCUUACAAAUUUGAUUUAGACAUAUCAAUAAAUACACCAAAGCAUGUCUACUUAACAAUUUGAGUACUUUUACCCAAAAAAUUCUUAAUAUCAAUAGCAAAUUUAUGAUUGCACGAACUACCAAACCUCAUAGGAUGAGGUGGAACGAAUUUGAUAACAUAUUUCAUCCCGUGCGUUCAGAAAUAUUGAACAUAAUAUAACGCAACAGAAUAAUAAAGACAUAUUUAUUUUAUAAUAUAUUUCUUAACAUAAAUAACAUUAUUAUGUUGGAUGAAUCAGGUGUAAAAGUAUCCAAAACACACACAACUUUUACUAUGUAUUAGAAAUAAUGAAAUAUUUUAUUAAGUUAGAUCUAUGUAUUGGAUUCAAAAUAUUGAAUGUAUCAGGUGUAAAAGAACCCAAAUAACAUACAAAUUUCAGUAUGUAUUAGAAAACAUGCAACAUCUCAGUAAAAUUUGAUAUAUGUAUCAAAUUCAGUAUAUUUAAUGUAUCAGGUGAAAAAAACCCAAAAGACAGACAACUUUUACUAUGUAUCAUAACGAAUGCAAUGUCUCUGUAACAUUACAGCUAUGUAUCGGAUGCAUCGUUUAUAUUAUCGUUUGUUACAUUUUGUAUUAUGAUACAUAAUUAUAAUGUAUAUGGACCAAAUUCAUCUAUCAAAUACAUAAAAAUCAUAUCUUUGAUAGUGGGUCUCUUUCGCAACUUCCUUUCUAUUUCUUUUUCUCUUUAAAACAACAUUCUUUUUUCUUUUUGAAACAACAACAACAGGCUUUUUUUCAUUACUUUCAGCAGCAUCCCGUAACUUCUUCAUCAUUGUCAGAUCGUUUGCGUCAAUGGAAGACCAAUUUUAAAACUAAUAAACUUAAAGAGAAAAAGUCACUAUCAAAUACGAAAAAUCAAAUAAACUUAUAAACUAUCUUCCAUUGAUAGACUAAUAAACUAAAGAAAAUCAAUGAUAUGCAUCGCUUACAACUAAUGAGAAAAACUAAUAAGAAAACUAAUGAGAAA